AUGCUUGAGAGUAAAGUACAAAAUAUUAAAGAUCAUCAGCGACAUAUUUAAUUAUCAAUAAGUGGUUUAUCAAAUGAAUAAGCAUAUAAUUUAUGUCAUAAGCUAAAAGGUUGCUAUCAAAUUGAAACAAUAGUUAUGGAUGUUUCAGAUUGUAAGCUGACAAAACAAAGCUUAUCUUUUCUAAGCAAUGGUCUUGAAGGUCACAAAAAACUCUCAAUGUUAAAGUUGGAGUUAUCUAACAAUAUUUUAGAUUCUUAAGAUUGGGUUAGCUUUGGAAGAGCUAUUAGCUCUUAUUCAACUAUAAAAAAUUUAGAAUUAUGCUUUAUGAGUUGCAACUUAGAUAGGGAUGCCUUAAAAAAUAUAUUAAACAUAAGCUCACCUUCAGAUAAUAUUUACUUAUUUAAUCAGGCAAAGGAAGUUACACUUGACCUACAAAAUAAUUAGAUAAGGUCUGAUGGGUCAAUAUUUGUUUAGUAAAUUUUAGAAUCAUGUAAAGAAACUGAAUUAAUAAAUAUCUAUUUAUGGAAUAAUUAUUUGGGAGAUAUGGGUGCUCAAAGAAUUGGUAGAGGAAUUGGUAUGUUGAGUAGUAAACUUAAAAUUUUGAAUAUCAAUUUAUCGAAUAAUUCUAUUAGUAAAGAAGGCUGCCAGUUAUUUUUUUAAGCAAUUGUCUUAGCUAAGGUUUUAGAAGAUUUGAGUGUAGACAUAUCGGAUAAUAAAAUAUUGAAUAAAGGAUGUAUGUCAAUUGGAGAAUCUUUAUCACAACUAUUGCUGCUCUCUUCUAUUUUUUUAAAUUUGAGUCAAACUAUCAUUGAUGAAGGUGGAUUUAUAUAUUUAAUUUAGUAGCUCAGAUCUUUGAUAUAUCUUUCAUCUCUUUCUAUAGAUGUUUAAAAAAACUCUGGAAUAACAAAGUAAUCUCUAUAAGACUGUUUUGAUAUCAUGAAAAAAGAAUAUGAAUGUAUACAUACAGUUACUAUAUAAGCUGAUGGAUUUUGUCUUGAAGAAUAGGUUAAUUCUUAUUAUAUUUAAAAUGAAUCGAUUGCACAAAAAGAAGUUAAUGAACUAGAAAAGUAUGCAGAAAAAAAAAUUAUGAAAGAAAAAUAAUUCUUAAAAUAAUUUUAAUAGUAUUAAUAGCAGUAAUAAUCAUAGUAAUGA